AAAGACUGAUAUCUACAAAGAUUGAAGCCCAAUAUAGGCUGAAAAAAGCGUCAAGAGAUUACAAGAAUACCAUGAUUGCUGAUUUGCUCUCUGUCCAGCGCAGUUAUUAAGGAGCCUUUUACAUGUGCGACAUAGACAUGGAUGGUCCAACCUUCUCUGUACUACUGGUAUCAACUGCAAAAACUCACCUACCGGAUAUGCCAUAGCAACACUCAUCCAUCUGGCCAGAAUGGCCUACUUGUACUGAUAAGCAACGCCAACACACCGGAUGAGAACAAAUGCUGUGAACCAACAGUUGCUUUCGAGGACUUGACGAUACCAAGCUUUGAGCAAGAUAACAAACAAGACCUGACUAGGACCAGAAUGAUCGAGGGAUUGCCACGUCAGAGCAGCCUGGGCCAUCAUUUCCGGAACGCGGGGGCGAAAUUCCGUGGUAUUCAAGAUGUCAGAGCUCAUGUGCAGGGGAGAUAUGCCGUCCGUCCCUUGGCUUUUCUUACGGCGUAUGGAAAUGAGCCCCAGCAGGCUCAGCAGCAAGAAAUAUUAGUGGACCCAAAUGGAUCGCUCAUAAUAUCUUUGGCGGAUUCAUCUUCCACCUUCAGCUGA